AUGCUGGGGAAGGGGAGGUCACUGCGGAGGCUUCGGAGGAGAACUUUGAAGAGGAGGAGAAGACCUCAGAGGUGCUGAGCAAUGCAGGCGCCUUGAAGGUGACCAUCCAGCAGAGCAGCGAGAGCCGAGCCAUCAGCACCACGCCGGCCCUCAAGCUGGGCCCCUCCGGGCCCCCCCUGCAAGCCCCCCCUGGGGCCACCUUGAAAUUCUACUGCUACAUCUGCAGAAGCAACUGCUACAACCAACAG